AUGGAUUCAAGGAUUAGUUCAUUUGUGGAUGGAAAGCAGAUAGUGGAGAACAUUUCAACACCUCCCACAGAAGUGAAGACUUCACUGACUGUACUGGUGAAUACAAAGGCUGUGCUCUCCUGCCCUCCUGUCCCACUGACACCUGAGUUUAUAGCAACGUGGAAAAUAAUCUUCAGAGACAACACUUCCUGCACCAAAGCCUACAGGAGAGAUAAAAAUGAGACUAAGGAAACCAACUGUACUGAUGAGGCAAUAACCUGGGCCUCCAGACCUGACCAGAGUCCUGCCCUUCAGAUUGAUCCAGUGGCCAUCACUCAUGAUGGGUCUUACACAUGUGAAAUGGUAACAUCUAAUGGGCAUUUCCAUCAUGCCUAUCACGUCCAAGUGCUAGUGCCCCCCGAGGUGACCGUGUUUCUAACUGAGAAUAGAACUGUGGUGUGCAAGGCAGUAGCAGGGAAGCCGGCUGCACAGAUCUCCUGGAACCCAGAGGGGGACUGUGUCACUGAGCAAGAAAAUCAGGGCAACGGUGCAGUGUCUGUGAGGAGUGCGUGCCACUGGGAGGAUGGCAUCACGUCUGCUGUGACCUGCUCUGUCUCCCACUUGACUAGAAACGAGAGUCUGAGCAUACAACUACAUCCAGUGCAGAUGGAUGCUAAGGCUCCUGGGAAAUUUCAGUUCUUUAGUGUGGGAAGAUGUGCAUUUUGCAGGAGUGCAAUAGCUGAAUAUGGACUCCGUACAACCUUGGGAGCCUUUGAGUCCCUCGAAAUUCUUCAGACUAUUGCUCUUCCACUUUUGUGA